GUUUAAAAAGUGGAAUAAAAAUGAUGCAGUGCAAAGAUUUUUUAUUACCUAUGACUAAUAGACUAAAGUGCGAUAUAUAUAAAGACACGUAAUGCUACAUGAGGUAGAUUGUUUAUACAACGUGUAAAAUUACUUCAUAUUAUUUACCUACCAUGUUAUUUAAUAAGACCUUAAUUUAUAGAGACAGAUAGAAAGAUAGAUUAGCGUUCAACAUAUCUAUUGAUUGUUGUUGUUAAAAAUAUACGAUAUUGUGCAUUUAUUAUUGCGGUAUUAGAUCUACGAGAGUAAUUUAAAUAACUGCCACUAUUCUUGUAAGCGUGUAGCAAUUUUCUGUACUCAGCUUCUACCGACUUCAUUGUGCCAUGGCUAAACACAUUACGUAUUGGAUUAAGGUUAUAGCUGCGGUGUCCCUGUGUGUAGGGUCUGUCGUAUUAGUGCCCAUUACAUCAGAAACAUCCGAUACACAGACAGCUUACGCCUGUGAAGGAAAAAAGAUGACGCUGACCUGUGGGUCAGAACAAAAGAUUCAAAUACUUAGUGUCAUGUAUGGUUAUCCUGCUGGUCAGACAUGUCCAUCUGAUGAUCAUCCGUUCAUAUGUCAGUCACACAAUAAAGAAAAAGUUGUUAGCAUAUGCAAUGGACUGUCGAAGUGUGAUAUAACAGUGGAUAGCAACGCCUUCGAAAAUCCGUGUCGGAACCCUGUCUGGAAACUUGCUACAGUACACUACAAGUGUUUAGAGAUCAACGCUGUCUUUGCCAGUGAAGGGAUGGCGAUGACUCUAAAAUGCAACCGGAACGAAAGGAUCAAGGUUGUGUCUGGGACCUACAGCAGAUUCCCUAGCGACCCAAAUAAUGUUGAUGUCACUGAAAUCAUUUCAAAAAGGUGUAACAAUCAAAGAUCUUGCACGUGGGAAGUCCGGAAAUCUCAGAUACGGAAACAAAGUUUUAAGGAGCAAAUACUAGCAGAAGUCAGCUAUCGUUGUUUGAUUUAUUAGAGUUCCUUUCUACUAGGCAGCAGUAUGGUGCUUUCAGAUACCAAUUAGAUUAACUUGGAAAUCAAUGUUAGACUAAAAUACCUAUAUCUAUUGAUUAGUUAAUCACAUCGGCACAAAUCGAAGUCAAAAUAAUUGCUUAAGCUUACUUAUAAUACUGGGAUUUUCACAAAUUUUAGGUUUCCGUUAACUCUUUCUCUCCUAACUGACGAUACCAACGUUGAUUCCACCAGAAUGUGGUUAAUAAUGACGGAGAGAAAGAGUUAAAAUGUAGGCAAAUCCAUAUAUAUCAAUAUUGGUUUAUCCGGAUUUUACAUUUAUUUUUACCAUAUAAUCAUUAGAGUGCACCCUUUUAGCAGUGUAAAAAUUCAAUGAUUAAUAAAAUGGCAACACAAAGACGAAUAACGCGAUUAAUGGGAAGAACUAACAUUUCCACAAACGUUUUCAUGAAAAUAACUCAAGAAUUCUGCGCCUCUUACAACCCAGUAACAUCAAGCUUGACAAUGGAAACUGUAUUUCUAAUAAUUUUGUGGACUUAGCAUUACAGAGAAUUUCUCAUCUACCAUAUAGAGUAGAGUAAAAAAAGGCAUUUUGAAUGGCUCUUUAUAUCGACAGAUGUUUUUAAUAUUUGAAACCUAUUUUAGUGCGUGGUCGAUUUAUUGCACGUUUUUUUCAAAAGCAUAUCUUUAUUUUAAAAAAAAUGUAGACAAAUAUAUAGUCUAUGUUUUUGUGCCAAAUUGGUGACGAUUUUAUAUUUAUCAUUGUGUUUACAGUAAAAGGCUUAUUUUUCCUUUCUGUAUAUACAUAAAAUAGUAUAUAUAAUAAUUAUUAUUUUUAUUAUUAUGUCUCAACUCAUUUACAAAAACAAGACUUAAUGGGGGUAGUCUAUAAUGGGUCGUACUUAAACAAAGGACUACUUUAAAGUGUAUUAACUACUUGGACAAGCGUUAACUGUGACGAUCUCAAUGGCUUGAAUGACGUCACGUCCACCGUCUAUGACAUACAUGAAAUAGUAUAUAUUAUUAUUAUUUUGUCUCAACUCAUUUACAAAACCAAGACUUAAUGGGGGUAGUCUAUAAUUGGUCGCACUUAAACAAAGGACUACUUUAAAGUGUAUUAACUACUAUGACAAUAUUAAUGUUUUGAAUCUCACCACGGUCUACCCUCUCUGUCAACAAUUUUCAUUCAUGCCUGGCAUCAGGGGCGGACUGGCUAUAUGGGCAUUUGGGCAAAUGCCCGGUGGGCCGGUACCCAAAUGGGCCGGUAGGGCCACCGAAAUGCCUGAUCGAAGUCACUAUGGCACAUAUCAAGUUGUUAAAGGUUUUAUAAUAUCCUUAUUAUGUUAUUAUUAUUAUUUUUAUAAAAGGCCCUCUGAGCGUCGUGUUUAAACAAAAAAGUCUUUCACAGACAUUACAGUGUAAUACUCUUUUAAUCAAACACAUUUUCCGAAAAUAAAAUGUAGAAUGUAGACAGUGCUACUAGUAGGCUUCAUCUUUUUAGGGCCUUCAUAAUUGCUGAUUUAAAAAGACGCUAUAUUGCUUAUUAAGAUAUAGAGUUCACUGUAAGCAUGCAUAUCGAUACAUUAUCAAACUUAACAAUGAUUUUUAAGGACCGAUACACCUAGACAUGAUAGGGAAUUUGUGGGCCGAAUUUUAUAGAAAUGCCCGGGCCGAUUUUGACACCCAGUCCGCCCCUGCCUGGCAUCAUUCAGAUCUAGGUCAGUGUUUCCCUAAACCUUGUUCCGCGGAACCCCAGUGUUCCAUGGAGGCCUAGUAAAAUGUUUUUUUUUGUAAAAUGUUUGACAUUGUUUCGGAUGUUCCUUCAGAGCUGAAGAUAGUUUACUUCCUAGUCCAAACCUCCCGCAGGACGACGGGGGAUGGGAGCGGGCAGGGUUUGAACCCUCGACAAAUCCGAACGACAGUUCAGCGCGCAAACCGCACGACCGGACAGCCAUCCUAGCGUUCUGCGUGGCCUAAAUAUAUAUGCCAAGAACUACUGGGAUAAUUAACUAGUAGGCCAAAACGCGAAUUAACCUCUGUAAAAAAAAAUAAGCAAAGUGUUCCUCUAAAUACUUAGAAUGUGCGAAGGCGCGAAGUGUUCCGCUAAGGAAACGGUAUGGGAAACACUGGACUAACACAAUACGCUCCAAGUGUUCAAUUAAACACUGUCACAGUGGAAACCUUUUUUUCAUUUAAAUAUUUUUUUGUCUACAAAAGUUGAAUAAAUUUU